CAAGGUGAUGAAGACACAACUUUUGCUUCGAGGGAUAUCUAUGAAACAUAGUCAAAGGAGAGAAACGGAGCUAACACAUCUGAAUUCUAUUGCACUAAAAGAGCCCAGCCACUAACUCACCAUGCCCCCUGCGGCCAGCACUAACCUGGGGUACACCCCACCAGAUGGAGGCUGGGGCUGGGCUGUGGUCUUUGGUGCCUUCAUUUCCAUCGGGUUUUCCUAUGCCUUCCCCAAAUCUCUCACCAUCUACUUCAAGGAGAUUCAGAAGUACUUCAGUGUCUCCUACAGUGAGAUUGCAUGGGUGUCCUCAAUCAUGCUGGCUGCCAUGUACGCAGGAGGUCCAGUGAGCAGUAUACUGGUCAACCGCUAUGGUAGCCGACCUGUGGUUAUCCUUGGUGGGCUCAUGGUUGGGGCAUCUAUGGUUGCUGCUUCCUUUGGCACUACGAUUAUACAUCUGUAUUUAUUAGUUGGAGUCAUUGGAGGUUUUGGCCUCUCUUUCAACCUACAGCCUUCCCUUACAAUCAUAGGAAAGUACUUCCAGGUGAAAAGGCCAAUGGCAAACGGCCUGGCCAUGGCAGGAAGUCCAGUAUUCCUCUCCACUCUGGCGCCACUCAAUCAGUUCCUGUUUGAUAACUUUGGAUGGAGGGGAGCCUUUAUGAUCCUGGGAGCCAUAGUGAUGAACUGCUGCGUUGCUGGGGCCCUGAUGAGACCCGUUAACAUGAAAACAGUCCAAAAAGAUCCUGUCACAGCCUCCAAUGGAACAACCCCCGAGAAGGCUGGGUCCACUGAGGACAACGCUAACCCUGAGGCAGGAGGCCUUCUAACUGAAACAGAGCAGAAUCAGAAGAUGGGUGGCUGUGUAGACAAAUGUAUAGAUCUCUCUCUCUUUAAAAACAGAGGCUUCAUCAUCUACCUCAUAGGCAAUGUGGUCAUGUUUUUUGGCUUCUUUGCUCCAGUGGUCUUCCUCCCCUCAUAUGCCAAAGGUAUUGGGAUUGAUAACUACCAGGCCGCCUUCCUUCUCUCCAUCUUUGCCUUCGUGGACAUGUUUGCCAGGCCAGGGACUGGCCUCAUCGCCAACACCAAAUGGAUCAGGCCCAGGAUCCAGUACUUCUUCAGUUUCUCUGUGGCAUACAACGGUGUGUGUCACCUCCUCUGCCCGUUCCUUGCGGGAUACCUGGGGUACGCAGGCCUGGUGGUUUAUGCUGUAUUCUUUGGUGUGGCGUUUGGCAUGGUGUGUGCUCUGCUCUUUGAGGUCCUGAUGGAUCUGGUGGGAGCACAGCGGUUCUCAAGCGCAGUAGGACUGGUCACCAUCAUCGAGUGUGGCCCUGUGCUUCUGGGUCCCCCAAUUUCAGGGUUUUUGGUGGAUGUCUUUGAUGACUACAAAUACAUGUAUUGGGCAUGUGGUGUCAUGAUGCUGGCACCUGGCAUCUUUCUCUUCAUCAUGAACUACUUCAAUUACAAACUACUGGACCAAGAGGAGAGGAAGAGACAGAGUGGAGCCAUUGGGAUGCAGUCUGUUAAGCGGUCCGUAGCGGAGGAGCAAGGGAGAAGGAGAUGAAAAUGAGCAAGAAUGAGGGGACAAGGGACUACACCUUUUAAUGUUAGAUAUGGUUUAUUAAUGGGUUAAUGUUGAUGUGUAUAUUUCAGACCUGGGUUCAAAUACUAUUUCAAAUAUCUUUCACAUACAUUUCGAAUUAAGUAUUCAGAUAUUUUUUAUUUGAAAAGAUAAGUAGUUUAAUAUUGGAAUGUAUUUGGAAAUACAAUUGGAAAGUAU